UACAUAGACGCCUCACUGAGCGGGUUGGCACGUUGCUGCGAUACGUCGACGUGGUUGCGUCAGGAUGUGGUUAUUAUAGACACAGAUUUUAUAUCUGUCAUUUAUCGUCACAGUAACAGCGUUACACACACUGGUAGCUGUAAACACUGAUUUAAAAAAAUGGGAAAAAAAAUACAUACGUGAGUUUAGUGCCUACCUGUAUUCUAAACAUAUCAGAGAACGUUACAUACGUUGCUUUUCGUACCUAUCUGUUUCUCAAAUAAAUCCGUACGUGUGUGAGUGGGUAAGUGAGAGGCAUUUGUAAAGUUUACUUCAUUGACUUUAAACGGUUCACGGGGCAGAGCUGCCACAUCCAAUAUGGCGGCGACGUCGACGCUCGGUUUGCGCGUGGCGAGCAGCCCUUGAAGCCGAGCGACGUCUCGACCGCGUCGUGACGGCUGCAGGUUACCAGCUUCCGUGAUCACUACAAAGCAGAAAGGAGCCUCAUUUUCAGAAGAGAUGUCCUCCCAAGUCAGACUGAGGGUGCUGCCGAGCACCAGGUGCUUGUUUGAUGAGCCCAUUCAGGUGAAGGUGGCCGGGCUGAGGUCGAGGCAGGUGGUCACCAUGAGAGCCACCUCGAAAGACGAGAAGGGCGUGGUGUUCAGCUCCUCGGCCACUUACAAGGCUGACGAUAACGGGGAGGUUCAUCUGGACAGAGACCCCUCAGUCAGGGGGAGCUAUGUCGGGGUUGAAGCCAUGGGUCUGCUGUGGUCCAUGAUGGCAGACAGACCGCACAUAAAGUUUAGACAGCUGAGUUCACUAAAUCCCCACGUGGUGAAGUUCUCUGUGCACGAGGAGGAGGGAGAGGGCAAGAUGCUGGGAGAGGUGACCAAUGAGAGGUGUCUUAUUGGCGAUGGAGUCUGCCGGAUCCCUGUGAAAGAGGGAAAUAUCCGAGGAGCCCUGUUUACUCCCCCAGGGGAAGGUCCUUUCCCGGCUGUGCUGGAUCUGUGGACUUUUGGUGGGGGUUUGUCAGAGAAAAGGGCCUCUCUGCUGGCCAGUCGUGGAUUUGUGGUUCUGACUAUAGCGCUGUACGGCCAUGAUGACAUGCCGAGUCACAUCAAAGUGGUCCAUCUGGAUUAUUUUGAGGAAGCGAUAGAGUUUUUAAAAAAACAAGAUAAGGUGGGCAGCAACGGAGUUGGGGUAAUAUCCCUUUCAAAGAGUGGAGAUCUUGCUCUGUCAGUGGCCUCUUACCUGCCAGGUGUUGAGGCCACCGUGUGGAUCAAUGGCUGCUGUUCCAAUACAGCUUUCCCUCUCUACUAUAAGGGAAGCCAGAUCCACUCUGCAUUAAUGUAUGACAGGAGCAAGUCGAUUCUCACGGAGACUGGAGCCCUGGUUGUCAAGAAUGGCAUUGACAAUCCUCUUGCGGAGGAGAACGAGGGCAGCUUGAUCCCCAUCGAACGAGCCAAGGGACGUUUCCUCUUCGUGGCUUCAGAGGACGACCUCAACUGGGACAGUAAGAGUUACAUGGAAGUGUUGGUGGAGAGACUGAAGCGUUAUGGGAAGGACAACUAUGAGAGCGUGUCUUACCCUCGAGCAGGACAUUACCUGGAGCCACCAUAUGGGCCCUACUGCCCCUCCUGUGUUCAUGGGCUUGUGGGUAAACCAGUCCUGUGGGGGGGUGAGCCCAGAUCCCACGCAGUAGCUGAGGUGCACGCGUGGACGAAGAUCCAGGAGUUUUUCAGAACACACCUGAGAUGGGAUGCUACACAGACUAACGCUAAGUUAUAGAUAUAUUUUUACAGAAAACAUAUGAGCACAUAAGUCAUGACAUCCAAACUGCCAGUUUAUUGUAAAUAAUUUUGUAUGAACUGAUUGAUUUUUAGUGUUUGAUUGGUGCUAUUACUGUACACCGAGAGAAUAAUUACAGGAUCUUGAUGUUGCAUUGGCAGGAAUAAUUAUGUAUUUUAUUUUUAGUAUAAUUAUAAAGUUUGAGAAUAGAGGGAAAACUUACAAAAUGAAGAGAAAAUGGAAAAGAACCACAGGGAUGAAGACUAAUUGAGACUUGAUGCGUGUGAAACCCAGCAGGGUGAUGCAUAAACCCCACACUUCAUGUAUUCAUUUAUGGUUAUAAACAUAGUUAUACAGAGCCUGUGUUGUAAGUAUUAUGUAAUUAAAAUCAUCGACAGGUGAACAGUAUCUGGUGUGUGCUGACAUGUUGGUAACAGGCAUGCGAUGAUGGGUCCAGUCCUGUAAACACAUGAUGACCGAUGUCAGUAUACAAACACACACGGAGUUAAACAUUAGAUUAAGCUUUUUGUUUGAGAGGGACGGAGAGAGAAAGGGCACCUGGAAGUUUUAAGGCUCCCUCCCUUCAAAUUUUAGCAAUCUUUAAAUCAGUGUUGAAAUGCUGUCUGAGCCUGUUUAGACUAGAAAGACUCGCCUUCUGUCCAGUUAGUGGCACUGCACCCCAGUGUGCCUCAGGCCCACUGAUGAUCCAGACGUGUGGCUUGUCCAUCUUGUGCCCUUGCAUUUACCGUCUGCUUCUUAUCCUGUGUUCCUGUUUCUUAGUAUGCUCAUUUUUAGGUCUUAAAUAAACGAAAGUUGAUAAACUCCUUCAAUGCACAGAA